AUGCCCCGUCUUAUGAUUCGAAGCGCCAAAAGAAAGGCCGUGGCGCAUCCUCCACCAAUAUUUUUUCCCAAGGUGCCACUUUCGCAGCAAAUCAAGAAGAAAGAAGAGGCCAAACUUGCCAGUAAAGAUUCACCAGUAAAAACACCUCUUCCUCCAUCCAAGCCCAAGAAGCAGUUUGCAGCCGGAACCCGCGCGCCGCCUAAGGUUAGCCGGGCUUCUCAGGGCCUUGCUCGUGCACGUGAAGCCAUUGAGAAGAAUGAGCCACAUUUCCACGUCGGCACAAAGCAAAUUUAUUUCCCUACCGCCAAAGUCGUGCUACUGAGACCAAACGCUAAACACACACCUUACCAGGCCAAAUUUGCAGUCCCCCGAUACUUCAACAAGCUUGAUCUGAGAGACUACCUGUACCAUGUCUACGGCCUGCGGGCACUGAAUGUGACUACCCAGCUACUGUGGGCACGCUGGACACGCGAGACCCCACGGUCGUCACGAUACCGCAUGUCUCAGAUCAAGAAGAUGACAAUUGAUAUGAUUGAUCCAUUUGUAUGGCCUGAGGAGCCUUCUGAGAGUCUUCGCAACAAGAUGUUCAACCUUGAAAACAUUAUCGAAAUGCGCAAGUACUUUGAAGAUGCUUCCCAGCGCUUUGGUGCAGAUAGAAACAAGGAACCUACAGCCUUUGGCGGCAUUGUUGGUCCUUUCCCAGAUCCCCCCCAGCCAUUCAUCCCCAAGUACUUUAAGAAGUAUGCUGAACGGGAAAAGGCUCGCGCUGCAUAUCUUACUCAAAAGGCCGAGGAGGAAGAGCUUGUCAAGAAGUUCCUCAAAUUGUAA